UAAGAGACAAGUCCUCUUAUGAUGUCACAGUAACUCAGGACCAUGGUGAUGGUUGACAUCAGCUAGUCUUGUGUAAGUCUACUAAAGCAACAUUUGAGGCCUCAGUUCUCAAAACCAGGCAGAAGCCAAAGAAAAAUUUAUUUGAGAUGGCCCAGGUUCCCUCAGAAGUUCAAGGUGUCUCUCCUCAGAGUGGAACAACUGAUUCAGAAAACACCACUGAAGCUCCAGGCUGGUAUCCCACAAUUGAUAAUGACUUGGAUUUAAGGUCUGUAGUUGAAGAAAAUGCCUUUCAAGCUUUAUCUGAAGGACCCUUGAUAAAAAGACCACGCUAUACACUUUGUAUGUCUGACACCCCAGAAGGGAAUGAUUUUGUUUCUCUGACCUUUCCUGUAAAACUUUGGAAGAUAGUUGAAAGUGAUCAAUUUAAGUCAAUUUGGUGGGACGAAAAUGGGACUUCUAUUGUGAUAAAUGAAGAAUACUUUAAGAAAGAAGUGUUGGAAAGAAAGACCCCUUUUAAGAUAUUUGAAGCAGACAGCAUGAAAAGUUUAGUUCGACAGCUUAACCUUUAUGGAUUUAGAAAAAUACGACAAGAUUUCCAAAGCUCUGCAUCCCUGACUGACUUUCUGGAAGAAGAAAACAACAUACCUGUUUUUAGCAAGUUACUGUUCUAUCAGAAUCCAAAUUUUAAGCGAGGAUGUCCCCAACUUCUAGUAAGAAUGAAGCGCAGAGUUGGGAUUAAACACACAUCUCCACCAUCUGCUUCUUUAGUUCACAAUCUUGACAAGACAUACCACAGUGCAGGCGAGUAUGUGCAUACUCAAAAUCCUAGCUCAUCUACAGAAACUAAUGAAGAAAGGUUACUUUCAACUUCUACAAAUUUAAAUGUGCCUUCCUACUAGCCACAGAAUUGCUAAUUCAAAUGAUCCAGUGACAAGUAAUAUUUUGACUCCAUCAUCAACUUUAAUUGCACCAUCAGUACAAUUUGUAACAAAUCAACAUGCUCUU